GGUGGACUCGGGGCUGCUCUUGCACACUCUACCGGGCUGGGCGGGCUUACCGGGGAGGGUUUAGGAGUGGGGUCUGGGUUCCCCGCCCGUCGACGACAUGGAUGAGGACGGGCUUCCGCUCAUGGGGUCGGGCAUAGACCUGACCAAGGUGCCCGCUAUCCAGCAGAAAAGAACGGUGGCAUUUCUAAACCAAUUUGUGGUGCACACGGUGCAGUUCCUCAACCGCUUCGCGACAGUGUGCGAGGAGAAACUGGCAGACCUUUCUCUUCGAAUCCAGCAAAUUGAAACAACCCUCAAUAUUUUGGAUGCAAAGUUGGCAUCUAUUCCGGGCCUUGAAGUAGUUGUUCCUGUGAACGACACAAGUGACACAAAAGUCGCACAGCCUGAAACCACUUCAGAGCAAUCACAGCAGAACAGUUUACAAGACUCUGGACCACAGGAAAGUGAAGUAACAGCAGAAAAUAUCUUAACUGUCGCCAAGGAUCCAAGAUAUGCCAGAUAUCUCAAAAUGGUUCAAGUGGGUGUUCCAGUGAUGGCAAUAAGAAACAAAAUGAUACUGGAAGGACUGGACCCAGAUCUUCUUGAGACUCCAGAUGCCCCGGUGCCUCACGAAGAAGGUGAAAAACCCACAGAAGACAGUUCAGAGAGUGAAUCUUCCUUUAGUGACUAAACUUAAUUUUGAUAAGAAGUACACAUAUGGCGGUAGUCUUAUAAGAAAGCGAGCCUGAGUUGGAACGUCCAGUCACAAGGACACGAAACGAACAUCUUCCCACCACCGGGCGUCCUCUGCUAGGAGAAAUAAAAUGUUUAUAACCUCCUAGUCUGUCUUAUUGCUACCCAACGCAGUAAGCUUCAGAGACGGAGAUGAGACUGUAAUACUCAGGGAUACAGUGAACAUCCCAAGUGAAGUCAGUAGGAACCCGGAGGAAGAGCUCCGAGGCGUAAACACACCUGCCUUGCGAGCACCAGGUCUCAAGUUCGAAUCCCCGGAGUACUUCAUGUGCUCGGCACAGUCCUGACUGCUCUGCUCUCUCGGGUCCCUGGCACCAGGAGUGACUCACAGCUCUACCCGGGUGUGCAAUCAGCUGCUCCCGGAGGGUGUUUCUCUGCGCGCCCAUCCUUCGCCCCACCUCUGCCCGGACCCGGUGCGCAACGUGUCCGGGCACGUUGGGGAAAAAGCUGUUCCCCAGUAUCUGGCGCGAAACACUACAGGGAAGAGAGGUGAGCACCUGGUGGGCACCAAAGCUGUAGCGUGUGUGCCACCACUAAGCAUCUCACAGCAUCGAGCACAGAUCCAGGAGUCCAGGGGCCCAAGACACUAGAGGAGGGAAAGCACUUGCCUUGCAUGCUGUCGCCCUAAUCUAUCAUGCAUUAAUCCCAGCACCAUAUACGGUCCCUUGGGUGUGGCCCCCAAACCUAGCAGUGCCCCCCGCCCCCAGCUCUCAAAUGUAAAGGAGCCCAGACCUUGGCAAGCUCCACAGCCAAAGUGUAAAACACACACCCUGCUGUGUGUUCCUGCAACUGCUGCAGCCUGGCCCAUGCGUAAACCCCAAAGCACUGCAGUAGCAGCAAAGCACAGGGGGUGGGGGGGGGGGAACGGGGAGUGGAAAUAGUUAAACAGAAUUUCAGUGAAAAUGUGAGUGUUUAAGAACACUCAAUACCAACUAUUCCAUUUUUGUGCAUUUUUAGCAUGAAAGUAUGUAAUUCGUAUCAUAAGAAUUAAAUUUGUUGGAACAUUGUA